CAAAGUCUCUCUCUAAUUUUUCAUCUUUUCUUGUUUUUCAAUUUGGGGAAGGAGAAAGCCUUCAUGGAUAAGCAACUUCUUGAAGUUCAUCCCCAGGAAUUAAAGUUUAUUCUUGAGGUACAGAAACAAAGCUCGUGCUCGAUUCAACUAACAAAUAAUAAACUCCACUAUGUUGCUUUUAAGGUCAAAACCACAGAUGCUCGGAAAUAUUGUGUACGACCAAAUAAGGGUAUCAUCAACCCGUUAUCAAAUUGCAAAGUUACAUUUACCAUGCAAGCACAAAAAAUGGCUCCACCUGAUAUGAAAUGCAAAGACAAGUUCUUAAUCCAAAGCACAAUAGUUCCCAUUGAGGCAAAUCUUCAUGAAGAUAUGACUUCCACUUAUAACUUGUUUGAGAAAAAUGGUAGCAAGAACAAUAUAGAAGAAAGGAAAUUGAGUACAAUCCUUGUUAAGGCAUCAGCUGCUUCUUCAACUAUUGAAGCAUUGAGUGUUGGAGUUUCAAACCAAAGUAAAGAUAAGCAAAUAGAAGAGUUGAAGUUGAAGAUCACUCAACUUGAUCAAAAACUCCACGAGGCUGAAAUUUCCAUUUCAAAGCUAGAAGAGGAGAAAGCUAGAAUUCAAAAGAUGAAAUCCCAACAAAAGAAUUGCUUGGUUUCAUGUUCAAUUCUUUGAAAGAACCACAUCUUAAUGCAAGUUUAUGAUUAUGAGGCUAUUAGUCUAUAGAUGUCCAAUUAUAUAUAUGUAUACACACACACACAGUUUUAAUUUAAGUUGUUGAAGAUAAAUCUCAAAGUUAGUACAUAAGCUUCGUUGGUUGCUGUAAAUGUCACGAACAUUUUGAAUGGUAAAUAAUAUCCUUUGAAACUUCCUAGUCA